GGAGCUUAAUUUGGGGGAGGGGAGAUUAAAGGGAACCAGUGAUUUAUGAUCGAGUUUGGGGAUAUAAAGAACCCAAUUGGGAAUGGGAAAAGCACAAUAGAACUUCAAAGCAAAAGCAAUGGAGGAAUAUAAUAAGAUUUCUCCAUUGCUUUUGUUUUUCUUUAUGCUCCACACAGCGGCUGUUCCUACCAAGAACUCCUACAUUGUCUAUUUGGGAUCACACUCCUUCGCCCCAAAUCCAAGUGUAUACGACGUCCAACUUGCAACCGAGUCUCAGUAUGAUAUAUUAGGAUCCGUCAAGGGAAGCAAAGUGGCAGCCAAGGACUCUAUUCUCUACUCCUACAAUCGAUACAUUAAUGGCUUUGCUGCCGUUCUUGAUGAACAAGAAGCCACGGCUCUUGCGAAGAAUCCAAGCGUGGUGUCCGUUUUUGAGAACAAGGAAAGAAAACUGCAUACAACACGGUCAUGGGGUUUUCUGGGGGUCGAUAGUGAUCGAGGAAUCCCUCAGAACUCCAUUUGGAAGGCGGCUCGGUUUGGGGCAGAUACCAUCAUAGGAAACCUCGACACGGGUGUCUGGCCGGAGUCCCCCAGCUUCAAUGAUGCAGGGUAUGGCCCUGUUCCUUCAAGGUGGAGGGGAGCUUGUGAAGGCGGCUCCAAAUUUCGAUGCAACAGGAAGUUGAUUGGAGCACGCUAUUUCUACCGAGGAUUUCAAGCCGCCGAAGGUCCAUUGACAACGCACAACAUCAGCUUCGACAGUGCACGAGACCACGAAGGCCAUGGAUCGCACACUUUGUCCACUGCGGGCGGCAACUUUGUCCAUGGAGUCAAUGUGUUUGGCAAUGGAAAUGGGACUGCGAAAGGAGGUUCCCCCAGGGCUCGUGUUGUUGCCUACAAGGUCUGCUGGCCUUCAAAAAAUGGCGGCUGUUACGAUUCCGAUAUCUUAGCAGGCAUCGAGGCCGCCAUCAGCGACGGUGUGGAUGUUCUUUCGGCCUCUAUUGGCACGCUAGCUCAAGAGUUUGCUAAUGACGCUAUUUCGAUAGGGGCGUUCCAUGCGGUUCAGCACGGAAUCGUCGUGGUUUGCUCGGCCGGGAAUGACGGCCCGUCUCCCGGGAGUGUGAGCAAUGUGUCUCCUUGGAUGGUCACUGUUGGAGCAAGUACCAUCGACCGUGACUUUGUCAGUUAUGUGGUCCUGGGGAACAAGAAGCGAUUUAGGGGUUCAAGCCUUUCAUCCAGUCGAUUGCCCGCUGGUAAGUUCUACCCUUUGAUAAAGGCUGUGCAAGUGAAAGCUGCCAAUGCCACUGAUGGGUUUGCCCAACUUUGCAUGGAUGGAACACUCGAUCCCACAAAGGCAAAAGGCAAGAUUAUAGUUUGCCUUCGAGGAGAAAAUGCAAGAGUGAGCAAGGGGUUCGAGGUUUUUCGUGUCGGUGGUGUCGGGAUGGUUCUGGUAAAUAACCAGAUGGACGGUUCAGCUCUUGUAGCUGAUCCACACAUACUUCCUGCUUCUCAUCUAAGCUAUGCGGAUGGAGUUUCCAUCGCUCAAUAUUUGAGCUCCACCAAAACACCCGUGGCUUCCAUAACCCAUGCAAGCACAGAGAUGGGAAUUAAACCAUCGCCUCUCAUGGCUUCAUUUUCCUCAAGAGGCCCUGAUUUCAUCACACAGGCUGUAAUCAAGCCUGAUAUAACAGCACCGGGUGUAAAUAUAAUCGCAUCUGUCACCGACGAUAUAUCAGCAUCAGGCUUGCCACUUGAUAAACGUCGAGUGCCUUUUAACAUCGAGUCUGGCACUUCCAUGUCAUGCCCACACAUCUCAGGUGUUGCAGGCCUUCUAAAGACUCUGCAUCCCACGUGGAGUCCUGCAGCUAUCAAAUCCGCCGUCAUGACUACAGCCAAAACUAGAGACAACACCAAGAACACAUUAUUGGACUACACCAAAGUGAAGGCUACCCCAUUUGAUUAUGGUGCAGGACACGUCCAUCCAAACGAUGCCAUGGACCCCGGCCUCGUUUACGACACAACGGUUGAUGACUAUUUGAACUUCUUAUGUACACGGGGCUACAACUCCCGCACACUCAAGAAAUUCUCUAACAAGCCGUUUGUUUGCGCCAACAACUUUGCAACCACAGACUUCAACUAUCCAUCCAUCUUGGUCCCCAGGUUGCAAAUUGGUGGAUCGGUGACGGUCAAUAGAAGAGUCAAGAAUGUGGGAAGCACAGGCACGUAUGUGGCGCGGGUGAGGAUGCCCAAGGGUAUUACAGUUAUGGUUGAGCCAAGUAAGUUACAAUUUCACAGCGUUGGAGAAGAGAGGCCUUUCAAACUUAUAUUUCAUUAUGCACAUAAACUGCGACGUCAAGGCGGCUAUGUUUUUGGGGCAUUGGUAUGGUCAGAUGGGAAACAUUUUGUUAGAAGUUCUAUUGCCGUGAAUUUGGUUUGAUCACAUUUAUAAUCUUGUAAUCCAAAUUCAUUCUAUUAUCAAUAUAUAAGCUUUCCAUA